AGUUACAUUUUACGAGCUGGUUUAUGUUUUCAAAAAUGUUAGCAACAAACGUGUGUCUGUGAAGCGUUUCCAUGUAGUUUCACUGCAGAUAUGCCCCGUUACUGCGCUGUGAAAGGUUGCAGAAACCGCGGGGGAACUACAUCUACACAAGACAACAAGAGAAUUAGCUUCUACCCUUUUCCCUUACAAGACAAGUCCAGGCUCCAGAAAUGGGUGGACAACAUGAAGCGGGAGGAGUGGGCCCCCAGUCGACAUCAGUACCUUUGCAGCGAGCAUUUUACGGAGGACUGCUUCGAUAUUCGAUGGGGCAUCCGCUACCUGAAGAACACAGCCAUACCGACCACAUUCCCCUUCCUUGAGGAUGAUGGAGAGAAAAAAGUUACCACCAUUAAAAGAAGCCCUAAGGUCAGGACUUUAGACAUUGAGCCUGCAGGAUUUGACUCUCCUCUCAGCCCGAGGCCACUAAUAUUGAGAAGAACAUGCAAAAAGGUCAACAGCAUUGUUGCGGAACACACGGAGAUGGUAUUUGAAUCACCUCUGGUGUCGGACACUGGGCUCUGCUGUCAUUCAAAUCCGUCAGAGAUACGGACUGCUGCUUGUGAGUUACCAGGUGACAGUGCAAUGCCAACAGCGUCCUGCCUCGCACUGUCCCAAUGCGAUGAGCCCCAUUCUGAAGAGCAGGCGGACUCGAUCAUGACUCUGUUGUGCUGUGAGUCACUGGGCCCUUUCUUGGACGGAGAGGAACACGUGGAUGCAGCUGCCCUCCAAGCAGCUCUAGGCCAGACUUUUAGCUUUGUCCCUGUGGAAAUAGUCAAGGACAAAGCCUGCUUUUUGGAGGAGAGGGGACCCGUCGACUUGGAGCACAUUUCUGUUUACGAGCACUCGUACUGCAGACCGGACACGGACAGAGAUCAGCUUUGGCGUAAGAUGUUGAGUUUGCAUGCAAAGAUCUUGGAAUUGGAUCACAGGGAGGAGAGCACCGUGAACAAGAUCCAUGCUCUGGAGACUGAGGUAGCCCUCCUGAAGAAAGAUGGUGCUGUUUUUAUAGAGAAGCAGAACAUUUUAGAAGAUUAUAUAUCAUCCGUGUUGCUCUGAGUUUGAAGCUGCGGACUCUGAAAUGAGAUUGUGGGUGUACAUGGAUAUUAGCCGUUACCAUUGAGUCACUUUUGCCAACAUGUUGCACAUGCUCCCAUCCAGUGGUGGAAUCUAGCUUAGUACAUUUACUCAAGUACUGUACUUGAGCACAAUUUCGAGGUACUUUACUUGAGUAUUUCCAUUUCCUGCUACUUUAUACUUCUUCUCCAUUGCAUGACAUUUUUACUCUAUUGUCAUUUAUUUGACAGCUUUAGUUAUUUUUCAGAUUAUAAAUAUAAAUCAAUUUAUACACUAUGAAGUAUUGUUAUAGAUUUAUAUAUUGUAUAUAUAAUAUAACACAAGGCAGCUGGUAGUGUAUAAAGUAAUUAAAAUGAGCUCCACAUUUAUCAGCUGCAACAUUAGUGAUGAAUGCAUCAAUAAUUAUAAUCCCAUAAUAGAAUGUAUAUAUUUCUGAAAUGGACAGUUCUGCGUAAUAUUAAAAUAGUAUUAUAACAUACUUUUACUUUGAGUACACUGGUAUUGCUAGUCUUACUUAAGUAAAAUAUCUGAGUACUUCUUCCACCACAGCUGCCAUACACGAAGCACAAACUGUCUUAUAAAACUUUAUUGGUACUCAUUGUUCUGCGACUUUGCUCUCUUAUCCAAACUAUAAUAGUCCUUUUUUCACAACAGACAUUUUGGCAUGUCGCUGUAGUUAUUAAUACUGUAACUAUUAUCAGUAACGUCGGUGUUUUUCCUGCUGUGACAAGUCGAAACGACUGCUGUGUAAAAGGCUUAUUGUAUAUGUUAAUGUCUGUUUUUGUCCACAUGGUGGCGCUGUAUGACGGUCUUCAGAGGGAGCGUUUCAACGCUUCACUGAAGCAUCGAUUGUUGGACCGAUACAUACCUGAGAGUUUCUGUCACGUGUUUACAGUUUUUACAUGAUUGGAUCUCAUUUGUGAUCAAUACAGUAUCCUAACUUAUCAAUGCCUCACCAUGAAUCAUAUCGGAAACCUUUUUAAUUCCUUGAUGCACAACUGGCAAAAAAGAUUUCCUCUUAACCUCUGGUAUUAAUUUAUCUGGAAUAAUUGUUUCCUGUUUUGUUGCAUUUUAACCUAGAAAUCAAAUGGAUUUGUAUUUGUACUUUAUAUAAUGGAUCUGCACAAAAUAGUCGAAAGCAUGUGCAUACUUUUCUUUCUUUUUUCUUUCUUUUAUUUAACUAUUUUGUUCAGGUCCAAUACAUGAAAUCCAUUUCAAUUCCAGGUUUUAAUGCAACAAAAUAGGGGGAAAAAAGCAUCAAAUGUGGUGGAAACCUUUGCAAGAGACUGCACUGCUUGCUGCAUUAAUACACAUGAAAGCAAUUAUUUCGACUAUGCCUAAAAGACACAGUUCACACUAACUUUGGGGCCCUAGGAUCACGAGCAAUCAUGUCCGUGAAAGUAGAGGCUCAAUUUAAUUCUGAGCUGCGUGUAAUUUCCAGUUGAUCCCUGUCGUUCUGUGCAAUCUCCGAGUGAGAAUAUUCUGCUUCAGAGAAAAAUCUGUGAUGAAUUUACUUUGAAGUAGAAUAAAGUGUACAAAUGUGUUCCUUAAA